CGGUCGGGCCAGGUUGCCACUGGCACUAUAAGUCUUUUUUUUCUUUUACAGUGGUGGGACUGAGUGGAUCGUAUCAUUAUUUUUUCUGAUCCCCUAUAACAUUUGUUACAUUAGGCUAAAACAGAAACAUGGCUGACACAAAAGUCGACAAGAAGGAGAUCUCUGCCAAGGACCUGAAAGAGAAGAAGCUUGUUGAGGAGGCAGAAAAUGGAAAAGAUGCCCCAGCCAAUGGGAAAAAAGCUAAGGAGGCUGAGGAGAAUGGCGAUGUAGAGGAUGUAGACGAGGAGGAGGAUGUGGGAGAGGAGGAGGAUGAGGAAGAGGAUGUUGAGGGCGACGAAGAUGAUGAAGAUGACGACGAGGUCGAGGGUCGCGCAGGCAAGAGGGCGGCGGAAGAUGAUGACGACGAUGAUGAUGAUGAUGAGGAGGAUGUUGGAACGAAGAAGCAGAAAACCGAUGAUGAUUAAGAGUUGUGUUUCAACCCGCUGGAAGCCCCUGUAAACCUCUCUCCUAGACCACCGAGCGUUUUGGAGGGAAACUGUGGUCAUCAUCAAGUAGAGUUCAACGUCCGCGUACACACACCCAAUGUCCGUGUACACACACACACCCAACUGCAAAUUUUUUAGAAUACCCAAGACUUCAAAGUUCUACCUUCUUAACAAGAUACAGUACUUUAAAAGGAGAAUUUGUUUGUAUUUUUAUUUACAUUUUAUAUUUUUGUACAUAUUGUUAGGAGGUCAGCCAUUUUUCGACAGUGAUCUCUGGUUACCAAACGGUGCUUUGGAGUUGAUGCUUCUCUAUGAAAUAGACUUUACUUGUGGUUUGACCAUGUCAUGUUAUCUCAACACAAACUUGUACAAAUUUCAGAAAACAAUUAAAUUUAAAGCAUUCCAGUAACUUUGUAUUUGUACUUUAGUUGUACCAUACGUAGUUUGGUUUGUAUGAGAUGGCAAGGCCAAAGAAAAGAGGUGUCUUUUCUCUUAUGUCGUUUAAAUUGCUGUCUGUUGUGGCCUGUUCAAUGUACGUGUGAAUUUGUUGUAAGACAAUAAACCAGAAUUUUAGUUUGUGAGCA